UUUUGGUGAGCGCCAACAUUUGCUGCUUGGAGCCCAUUUGUAGAGAGCCACCACAGCCGUCAUUUCAGUACGUUACUCUUCGUCCAUUGUGGCAGUAGUCUGUUUCUCGCUUGCGCAAACAAGUCAUACGGUUGCUUACGUGCUGUGCUGCCGUUUCCCACAGUCGGUUUGAAUAAUCCCCCAAUCCCUUGGUGUGUGUUUGUUUGUGUGGCGUGCGCUUUUUUGGUGUUGUUGUGGGACCUACAACGAAUAGGUGUGCUGUAACUUGGAAGAGUGACGAAAUUCUGUAUUGAACAGGCAAACUAAACGAAAACCCACGAAAAAAAAAACACAAAAUCCAAACCGACCAUGUCUCAACAAAAGGAAACACAAACCGCCAAAAAGAACAUUCCAAAUGGCUUGAAAUUCGUAUUCGGCGGUGGAGCUGGCAUGGGAGCCACCCUGAUUGUGCAACCCUUCGAUUUGGUUAAGACACGCAUGCAAAUCUCCGGUGCCGGCAGUGGGAAGAAGGAAUUCCGCAACUCCUUCCAUUGCAUGCAGACGGUGAUAAGCAAAGAGGGACCUUUCGGUUUGUACCAGGGUAUAGGAGCUGCCCUCUUACGUCAGGCCACAUAUACCACCGGUCGUCUGGGAAUGUUCUCCUACCUCAACGAUAGCUACCGAAACUACUUCAACAAGGAUCCCAAUGUUUCAGCGAGUAUGUUGAUGGGCGUCAUUGCUGGAGCUUGUGGUGCCUUCAUUGGUACUCCCGCCGAAGUUGCCUUGGUGCGUAUGGCCUCGGACGGUCGCCUGCCUCUGGCCGAAAGACGUAACUAUAAGAAUGUGUUCAAUGCCUUGGCCCGCAUCACCAGUGAAGAGGGUCUGGCCACUUUGUGGCGUGGCAGUUUGCCCACGGUGGGUCGUGCCAUGGUGGUCAAUAUGACCCAACUUGCCUCGUAUUCACAAUUCAAAACCUAUUUCCGCACUGGGCCCAUGCAAAUGGAGGAGGGCAUUAAGCUGCAUUUCUGCGCCAGCAUGUUGUCCGGUUUGCUGACCACAAUUGCCUCAAUGCCAUUGGACAUUGCCAAGACGCGCAUCCAAAACCAAAAGUAUGUGGAUGGCAAGCCCGAGUACCGAGGUACCUUUGAUGUUUUGGGUCGAGUGCUGCGUCAAGAAGGUGUACUCGCCUUGUGGAAGGGCUUCACUCCUUACUACUGCCGUCUGGGACCACACACAGUGCUGACAUUCAUCUUCCUGGAACAGCUGAAUCAAGCCUAUUUCAAAUUUGCUGCCAACAAAGGUCUGUGAUUGUAAAGCCAUGACCCCUGCCCCCCGCCCCUGCAUUACUGUGGAGAGACAAUAGUGAUCAAAUCAGUUUUUUUUCUAGACACAUAACUCUUAUGUAUGUAUGAAUGAAUGUAUAAGUAUGUAUGUUAAUAAUGUGUAGCGAUAUCCAUGGAUGUAUAUACCGCAAUGGAUAGCCCUAUAUAUAUAUAUUUUUUGUUAAUUGUUAAAGCUUCAAACGUUUAAUGAGAGAAUUCCAAUAAAAUAAAGCCAAAUGCAAGAAAUUUUGGAUAAAUUGUGCAAAAAACAACACGAA